AGAACAUUGCUUUUUGUUAGAUACUUUUCUAGCUUCUGCAAUGUCAUCGCAGUCGCAAUUACGUUUGAUUAUCAACGAGUUCUCUAGAAAAAUUCAAACGAAGUUGAAUACACAGAAGCUGCAUAGCUUCGUUACCAAGUCCCAACUCGCGCGUGAUCCCUAUUUCGCCACGCAGCUUGUCAGAUACUAUUCCUUAAACGAUGAUCUUAUCUCCGCACGCAAACUGUUCGACGUAUUUCCUGAGAGAAGCGUUUUCCUCUGGAACUCUGUGAUUCGAGCUUACGCUAAAUCUCAUCAUCUUGGCCCCGCUUCCUCACUCUUCUCUCAGAUGCUUAGCUCCGAUACGAAGCCAGAUAGCUUCACCUACGCGUGCUUAGCUCGUGGCUUCUCAGAGAGUUCUGAUACAGAGGGGCUUAGGUGUAUCCAUGGAAACGCAAUUGUGUCUGGUCUUGGCUUUGACCAAGUUUGCGGCAGUACACUUGUUAAAGCUUAUUCAAAAGCUGGCCUAACGUUUGAAGCGAGUAAGUUGUUUUAUUCAGUAGCAGAGCCAGAUGUUCCUCUAUGGAAUGCUAUGCUCUCUGGAUAUGGAAGUUGUGGAUAUUGGGACGAAGGAAUCAGUAUGUUUAAUUUAAUGUUACGUCAAGGGAACAGACCUGAUUGUUAUACGAUGGUAGCCUUGAUGACUGGAGUGAUUGAUCCUGGUUUAACACUCGUUGCUCGGUCUGUCCAUGGGUUUUGUUUGAAAGUGAAUCUAGACUCUCAUUCUUAUGUUGGUUGUGCGCUUGUGAGCAUGUACUCGAGGUGUAAGUGCAUAGCUUCUGCUUGUGGUGUGUUUAGUGGCAUCUCUGAGCCUACUGAUUUAGUUGCGUGUUCUUCUUUGAUAAACGGUUACUCGAAAUGUGGACACCACAAGGAGGCUUUGUGUCUGUUUAAUGAGCUGAGAAUGAGUGGUAAGAAGCCAGAUUCUGUUCUCGUUGCGAUUGUAUUAGGGUCUUGUGCUGAGUUAUCGGAUUCGCUCUACGGACAAGAGGUGCACAGUUAUGUUAUUCGACAAGGGCUGGAACUUGAUAUAAAGGUUAGCUCUGCUCUUAUAGACAUGUACUCAAAAUGCGGGGUUCUUGACUCAGCGAUGACUCUUUUCGCUAAAGUUCCAGAGAAAAGCGUUGUUUCUUUCAACUCUGUUAUCUUGGGUCUUGGCUUGCACGGAUUCGCUUCCUCUGCUUUUGAAAAGUUCGACGAGAUGCUUGAGAUGGGAUUGCAACCCGACGAGGUCACUUUCUCUGCUCUCCUUUGUACAUGUUGCCAUUCUGGUCUUUUACACGAAGGUCAAGAGAUGUUCAUGAGGAUGAAGAGGGAGUUUGGUGUUGAGCCAAGGACGGAACAUCAUGUUUACAUUGUGAAGCUAAUGGGAAUGGCUGGAAAAGUGGAAGAAGCAUUUGAGUUUGUGAUGUCACUGCCAAGACCGGUUGAUACUGGGAUUUGGGGAGCAUUGUUGUCAUGUUGUGAAGUUCACGAGGAUGCUCAGUUGGCUGAAGUUGUAGCAGAGAAGAUAAGAGAGAACGAGGAGGAAGAGAGAAGAAGUGUUUACAACGUUAUGCUCUCUAAUGUGUAUGCCAGAUAUGGGAAAUGGGAUGAAGUAGAGAUGCUUAGAGAUGGUGUUUCAGAGAGCUUUGGAGGCAAAUUGCCAGGCAUUAGCUGGGUUUAACCGCAAGGAAGCAGUUCAUGGCUUGGUUGGGUCUAUGUUGAGGCAUAGAUGGAAAAAAAGUUUAGGAAUGGAGUAUAAGCUAAGCAUAGAAGAAGCUCUUCGGUGAUGUUUGAGAAGCAGUACGAAGAUAAAGAGGGGAGAUCAAGGACGCCAUGGUUGGCAAAAGGAUGUUCAGUAGGAAGAUGAGCCCACAGAUGAAGAUCAUCUUGGUUGUUUCGAAUAUACCCUUGCAACUGUUUGAUGUUAGAAGCUUGACCUGAGCCUCCU